AUGCAAAGUUAUAAAUAUUUAAAAUAUAAAACAACAUUACCACAUAAUUUUUUUUGUCAAUAUGUAUCAACUUUAAUUAAAAACAUAAUAAGUUGUGAAGAUACACAAAGAAACAGUAAAUUAACCGAUCAAAUUUAUUUUACAUUAGUAAAUCACUUUAGUAAGAAAAAAAAAAGUGAAUAUAUUUCUAUAUUUUUAAAAAACAUAUUUUCUUCUUUUAUAUACAAUAAAUUUAAAAAAAAAAAAUUCUACAAUUUCAUAAGGAACAGUAACCUUAAACAUUUAAUUUGUGAUAAUGAAAAUGAUAAACUAUUUGAAUUAUUCCAUAACACUGCAAAAAAAACUUAUACCAACAACACUUUCGUAGGUUUUAUUUAUCUAAAUAAUAUUAUAAAUGGGAAAUUAUUCAAUAGUUAUUUCUUCCUAAUAAAUAGUAUAAUAACUAAAAAAAUAAGAGAACUUGAUACUUUCAAAUAUCCUUUACAUUUUAUUAAAGAAAAUUCUAAUCUAAACCAUUAUAUUGAAAAAAGAAUAAUUGAGAAAUGCAAACAUUUCCAUAUUAUUCGAAAAGAAUUCCUAUUUUAUACUGAAAAGGAAAAUACAUUAAAAAAAAAUGAAGGAGAUAAAAACAGUCAAAAUGAAAAAGGUGAUAAUAAGAACAAUAAAAAAAAAAAAGAUAAAGAAGAUGAAGUAAAAAAUAACGAAAAAGAUAAUGUUAAUAAAAAUGAUAAAAAAGUUACAGUAAAAAAUAAUGAAAGUAAGGAGGAAAUUAAAAAUGAUAAAAAUAAAGAAAACAUUUAUUAUAAUGAAAAUGAAAAGGGAUUCAAAUCAAGUGCAGAUACCUUUAAGAAUAAUAUAAAUGAUGAAUAUGAAAAAAUGAAAGUUAAAGAAUUAGAUAAAAUUCUUUUUAAUCUAGAAAAAUUAUACGAGAAUAAAAAUAGCAAAAUAAAUAUAAAUAUUAAAAUAUUAGUCUAUAUAUUUAAAAAUUUUAUACAUAAAAAUAAAGAAUUAAAAAUAAAAAUAUUUUUUUCGUUUAUUUUCUUAAUAUGUUCUAAAAUAUCAAUAAUAUGUACUCCAAUUUUUUUAUCAUCCUUUAUUGAGAAUGUAAAUUUACAAAAAAACUUGAACGAAUCAUUUAAUAUGUCCAAUGCAAAUGCAAAUAAUUCAAGUUUCAUGCUCUUAUCAGCUUAUGUGCUUUCACGGGUUAUAUCAUCCAGCUUAAAUGAAUUAAGAAAUAGUAUUUUUAAUAGUAUUAGUCAGAGAAUUUCAACUUACGUGAGUAAAUUGUUUUUUUAUAAAAUUCAUAACUUAAAUUUAAGCUACAUUUUAUCAAAAAAAAAUGGGGAGCUAUCCUUUAUAUUUAACAGAGGAUGCAAAAGUAUUACAAAUUUAUUAAAUGUUAUAGUUUUUCAAAUAAUUCCAAUAAUAAUAGAAUUUGUCCUUUAUUUAUAUAUAUUAACUUAUAAAAUACACUAUAGUGUUUCCAUUGUUACAUGCUUAAAUAUGUUAUUAUACAUUAUUUUUACAACUGUAGUAACUAAAAAAAGAACUAUUAUUAGAAAAUAUAUGAAUAAAGCAGAACAAAAUACUUUCAAUAUAUUUUUAGACUCCAUACAAAAUGUCGAACAGGUUAAAUAUUAUACAAAUGAAAUACAUGAACUAAAAAAAUUUUUAAAAGAACAGAAAAAGUAUGAAAAAAAAGCCAUAAAUGUCCAAAAAUCUUUAUCUUUUUUAAAUUUUGGCCAACAAAUUAUUUUAAAUUUUAAUUUAUUUCUCUGCUUAUAUUUAACUUAUAUGAAUAUAUCAAACGAUGUUUUCCCUUUUAGUUACUUGGUGUUAGUGAACACUUUGUUAUUUCAAUUGGCUAUACCUCUAAACAUGUUUGGUACGAUUUAUAGAGAAACAAAAUUGAGUUUAGUUGACAUAGAAUGUAUGAUUAAAAUUUUAGCAAAGAAAAUUAAGUCGGUAAAUUAUGGUAAUAAAAUGGAUAUGCAAAAUGGUCAAAUUAAAUUUGAAAAUGUUUACUUUAAAUAUCCGUUAUUAGAAAAUACUAAUGAAUCUGAAGAAAAAAAUGAUAAGGCAAAAAAUAACAUAAUUAAAACAAUGUUUAAUAAUACGAAAAUUUUUUUUAAAAAUUUUAAAGAAAAGUAUAUAUUAAAAAAUAAGAGUGAGACAAAUAUGCUUAAUAAUGAUAUAGUAAAAAAUAUGAGUGGCGAAAUAAAAAAUAAUUUGGACCACGAAAUAAAAAAAAAUAUGGAAACUAGUUUAAAAGAAAAUAAUUAUUUAUUUGAAAAUUUCACUUGUCGCAUUGAAGAUGGUGAAAAGGUAGCUAUAAUAGGCAAAAGUGGUUCAGGUAAAAGUAGCUUAAUCAAAUUAUUAUUAAAAUUCUAUGAAUUAAAUAGUGGAAAUAUAUAUAUUGGUAAUAAAAACAUAGAUGAUACAAAUUUAUACACAUUAAGAAAAAACAUAUGUGUAGUUCCACAAGAUACCAUUUUAUUUAAUAACACUAUUUCUUAUAAUAUUAAGUAUGGUAAUUUUCACUGUUCCAAUAAAGAAAUGAUUGAAGCAUCAAUUAAAUCGGAAUUGCAUGAUAAAAUUUUAAAAAUGGAUAGGAAAUAUGACACAAUUGUUGGUGAAAGAGGUACCAAAUUAUCAAUUGGAGAAAAACAAAGAAUAUGUAUAGCUAGAUGUUUUUUAAAAAAUUCAAAAAUUAUUGUUUUAGAUGAGCAUGCAAGUAAUUUGGAUAACGAAAAUAAAAAAUCCAUAGAAAAGGCUUUAAAUAAAUUAUGUAUGGGAAAAACAACUAUUAUUAUUACACAUAUAAUGGAAAAUCUUAAAAAUAUGGACAAAAUUAUAUUUUUUUGUGGUAAAAAUAUAUAUGUAGGUAAUCAUAAAGAACUAAUUCAUAACAAUUCAUCAUAUAGGGAAUAUUAUAAUUCAAAAAACAAUAAAAUUUUAUGA